GCAGGAGUCUCGGCGCUGCUCUGCGUCGCGUCGCUCCAGUCUGAUCAGAUCAGAGUCACGCCGCGCUGCUGUCUGUGGGCUUCUCCGCGUCUGUUCUCUGUGAAAGAGCGGAAUCACGCGCGUGUUCUGCGGGAAUCCAGCGGCGGGAUCGCGUGUGUUUGAGCGCAGGUGAACAGGCUGUUGAUCUCCUGUACCACACACUAUGUGACCAAACACCGUCGUCUGUUCUCAGCUUGUUCCAGACGCAGUAGAGUCGAUAAGACAGGAGCUCGAGGUCUAUGUUAAAAUGUCUGCGUGUGGAGAGUUUGCAGAGCACGUGUGGAAACCAGGAUCCUGUAAGAACUGCUUCCAUCCUCGCAGCGCUCACGGACAGACCGGCACGGCGGGAGGCGCUUGUGUCCGAACGAGUCUGAUCGGGGAAGACGAGGAUGGGGUGACGUCUCCUUCUCCGUAUAGCAAACCCACCAUCGCUGUCAGACCCACCAUGAUGAGCAUGGACGUCACACUGGAGGUGAAGACAGACAUGAAUACAGAACAGAACAACCAGAAGACUUCUGUAGGACUGAAGAAAGCUCUGGAUUUGGCUCCUCUGUACAUCGAUAGCAAUGGAUGUAAUAAAUCUCUCAGAGAAACCAUAAUACAAAACAGCAUCUCUGGAAAGAAGUUCUCCCCAAACAUUCGUUCUCCCACUGGAUUAUCCAAAGACUGCAUGAUUAUCAGCAAUAUAUUUCUGAGUCAAGAUGAUGGAAGUGUUCAACACAGUCUGAAAGAGAAUGGGAACAGUGGCUCCUAUAGACAGAUGACCAAAGCGGUCAAGAGCACUUACGCCAAUGGAUGUCUUCACAACGGGACUGGAAACAGUGAUGGAGUUACAAGUCCUCUAAGGGCAUCCGCAGUGGAAAGGCAAGCCAGAACCGCACCAGGAAAUGUGGUUAAUGGAUCGUCCAAUGAGACGCCAGGUACUUCACCGUCUCCAAUGACUCCAGACUCCUUCCGCGAAAGCCUAUCAGACUCGUGCUCCAAUCGGAGCAGUGUGGAUUCGUUAGUGGGACUCCAGAGUCCUCAGAAGUCUCCAAGGGGGCUCAAGGAAAGGGAGCCGAUCUAUGCUGAGAGCACCAAGAGGAAAAGACGACUCAAUGCUCAAUGUGACGGGAAUGCUCCACAAUCCUCCGAGUCUGAAACCGAAGUCAACGUAAGCGACAAUCAAAGAGCAACUAUUACCGUUGUCGCCGCCCAUACUGAGGCAAACAACCGGACGUUUUACCUGAGCAGCCCGGAUUCGUCCGUAAGCACCCAAUGGAACCACUUCAGCCCAACCGCGCCCAAAGACCCAUCAGGCCCGUCAUUCACUUGGCCAAAUGCUCCUGUUGCCACCGAAACGACCCAACCCAAGCCUCAAUCCAGUCCCCCUGUUCCUCCUAAGGUCAGCACCCGUCCACCAAGACUUGGUACCUCCAGUCUCUCCUUACCGUUACCCGAGCUCAGCUUUCACGUGGUUCUUCCUCCAAAUCAGAUGACCUCGCAAGUGCACACCAAUGCUCAUGCCGUCCGACACAAGUCCAACAGCGCCUCUAGUUUGGAGGGAUGUAUUGACGAGGAAGAAGAGGAGGUCGAGUCCAAGAGAUUGGGCUCUUGUGGUGGGCUAGGCGACUCCAUCAAUGCUCCUGCUGUUCCGUCUAGAGAAUGGACGAGCGAGAGCAAUGCAAUGCCAGGCACCGCCAACAAAAGCACCAGUCAAAUGCCGGCAGAGGAUGGCAGAGCCCAAGAGAGCUUGCUCUUGAGCCCGUCUCCUCUCAUCCACUCCAGUGAACCCAACACCAGCCGGGAUCCCGCACCGCCUCCGCCGCCUCCCAAAAAACACCAUCGGGUGUGUAAUCGUCUGAGUGGCAGUAAUAUGGAUCUGGAGCGCGUCGGUCAGCAGGGGUCAGUGGAGAAUCUCAGCCAAUCACUGCGAGGACUGAACUGCUGCACCAACGCAUCCAGCGACAGCCUGCAGGCGCUCUCCGACACCGACUCCACCCUCCGCUCCAGCCCCUCCCCUUUCCCCAGCAGCCCGUUAGGCUCCGCCCCUUCGUCUCCGCAGCCUGAUGCGUUGCCCUGCACCAGCCUGGCCAAUCAGCUCCAGCCGCCUCCGUUACCACAGAAGAAGCUGGUGAACCGCACCACCUCGGCUCCGAGCGACUCGGGCGAUAAACCACUCGCCCGUUCUCGCCCGCGUCUGGGGAACGUGACGUCUUGCUCGUCUCCGCAGCUCAACACGCUGCAUCUGCACGCUCUGCUCAGGAACAUGGACAGCCGCGAGGGCAUCUACUCCAAACUGGGCGGCCUGUACGCCGAGUCUCUGCGGCGGCUCGCGCUCAAGUGUGAGGAGCACUUCUCCAGCGGCCAGAGGAACACGCUGAGGUUCGACGAGAGCAACUGGUCACUCUUCAAACUCACCUGCAACAAACCCUGCUGUCUGUCCGGAGACGCUGUGUAUUACUCCGCCUCCUGCGCGUCAGACACUCGAAACACAUACGCCGUCAAGAUCUGUAAAGGCCAGGCUCCGGACAGUAAGCAGGCUCAUCUGUACAGUCUGUCGGUGCAGCAGAGCAUCCCGCCUCACUUCAACCUGCAGCAGGACUGCGGUCACUUCAUCGCCUGCGUGCCGCAGAGCAUGUUACCCAGCGAGGAGAGCGGUCCGGCCGAGCAGGAGCACGUGGUGGUCAUCACACGGGACGUCCCGCUCCAGAGCGUGGCUGAUUUCGUCCGCGAGUGGGAGUCGUUCCACCGCGCGCAGCCGGAGGUUUACGAGCGGCGCGUGUGUUUUCUGCUGCUGCAGCUGUGCGCGGGUCUGGAGCAUCUGAAAGCGCACGGCGUCACGCAUCGAGAUCUGUGCAUGGAGAACCUGCUGCUGGUGCAGCGUCCAGAUCCACAGCAGCACAGCCUCCCGCGCCUCCUCAUCAGCAGCUUCGCCAAAGCCAAGCGCCGCGACGCAGACCAGCUGAAACGGCUCAAUGCAGACGAGCCAUUUCUAAAGCGGGAUCACGCCCGGCUCGCGCCCGAGAUCGUCUCGGCUGCGCAGUACCACAAAUUCGACGAGUUCCAAACCGGCAUCCUGAUCUACGAGCUCCUGCACCGCCGUAACCCGUUCGAAGCCACGCCGGGCAAAUGCGACUACAGAUGCGACGAGCUGCCGCCGAUCCCCGCCGCCUCCAUCUACUCCCCCGGCCUGCAGAGACUGGCGCACCUGCUGCUGGAGCCCGACCCCGGACGCCGCAUCCACAUCCAGGACGCUCGCCGCAUCCUGCAGGCGCUGCUGUGGGGGCCGCGGAGGGAGCUGCUGGAGCAGCCGUGGGUGUGUGGAGGAGCAGAGGGUGGAGGAGGAGGCGGCGGGUGGAGGCUGGAGCCCAGGCACGACGGUCUGCUGAACUGGCUGGACGUGAAGCGUGCGCUGCUCAUGAUGAAGUUCGCCGAGCGCUCGCUGGAGCCGGAGAGGAACGCCGAGCUGGAGGACUGGCUCUGCUGUCAGUAUUUCUCCAGCGCAAACCCCAGAUCACUGUGUCAGACCGCGGAGCUGCUCUACAGCCUGCGCUUCACGCACUGAGCUCCACAUCAACACUGUUUGUCUGACUGUCAGAUCAGACGCAUUGAAACACUGUGUUACUGCACUGGAUCCAACACCAGCACAGACGGAGAGAGCAGCCGCCGAGCACAUUUCACUUUUACUCGUGAAGCUUCGGAUAGAUUUAUCAUUGCUUUCAGAGUGAAGCUCAGCAUGUCUGAAAUGUACAGAUCACUUUUCACCCCAAAUUUAAAAAGGGAUAUAUAUAUAUAUAUAUGUGUGUGUGUGUGUGUGUGUGUGUGCUGUG